GAGUUGGCGAUGUCAUCUGAAUAUUCUUCCCUGCUUGAGGGAGAACACUCUGAAGACCAACGUAAAGGUUCCCCAGUCAGAACCAGAAUAAUACCAAACAAUAAGAGGGCCAAACUGAAAACGCUCAUCCAGAAGAGUGAAGGGAAACUGCAGAGCUUCCAGAUUGCCAUUAACAUCACCGAGGCCCGGCAGCUGGUCGGAGAGAACAUCGACCCCAGUGUGGUGAUUGAGAUCGGCGAUGAGAAGAAACAGACUUCAGUCAAAGAGGGAACCAAUGCUCCCUUUUACAAUGAGUAUUUCGUGUUUGACUUCUUUGCCCACAAAGAGAUCUUCUUUGACAAAGUCAUCAAGCUGACAGUGAUGCACUCCAAAAUGCUGAGGAGUUUCUGCAUUGGGUCCUUUAAGCUGGAUGCGUGGACAGUCUACAAACAGCCAGGUCACCAGUUCAUCAAUAAAUGGGCAAUGCUGACCAAUCCUGUUGACAUUAGCACUGGCGUCAAAGGAUAUGUCAAGUGUGACAUCAGUGUCUCAGCGAAGGGAGACAACAUGCAGCCGGGACCGAAAGCAAGUGAUGCUGACGAGCAGAUAGACAAACUAAGACAUGGUCCUGGACGAGGCUGA